AGUCAUUAAUUAGCUAAUGUUUUAACAUAAAAUGAUCAAUGGAUUGAAGAGGAUAGAAAUGCAGUUAACUAUUGAUCGCUGGGAUUAGGAUAUGGUAAACCAUAGGAGACUUCCAGUCUGCCUCCUGUCCAAAAGCCUGCCCUUGGUUUACGGGAAACUUGAACAGAUUACCUCCAGAACACUGCCGAGGGGAAAACAGUGUCCUGGGAACCAGCCGUACGUCACUUCUGUUACUCAUUUAUUGAUUUAUUUAUUUUCAUCUGGGCUAACAUUCUUCAUUGUUACAGCACACACUUCUUCAGAGUUUCCCCAGAGGAGGAUGUGUGGGGCUGACCGGAGCGCUGUGAUCACCCCUCACCCCAGGCCGCGCUGUCUCCGUGCCCAGGCCGCGGUGUCCCGGGCCCGCCGCCUGUGACGCCGGCCCGCGUUCCACGGCACCGCCCGGACCUGUCGUAGCUGCGGCUCGGGUCCCUGCGGCUCCUGUCCCCACAGCCGCUCCCCGUCCCCGCCCGGGGCUGGGAAGAGGCGGCCGGGCCCCUCCUGUGCGUGCCGGGCCCCUCCUGUGUGUGCCGGGCCCCUCCUGUGCGUGCUGGGCCCGGCCCGAGCCAUGGUGCUGGUGGACCUGCACGGCGCGGCCGCCAGCGCGGACCUGGCCCGGCUGCGGCAGCACUGGUGGCUGAACAAGCACCGCAUCAACAGCUACAACCCGGACAAGCAGACUCCUCUGCAUCUUGCUUGCAUAAAUGGCCAUGCAGAUGUUGUUCAGUUUCUGGUAGAAAAGAAGUGCAAGCUAAAUCCUUGUGACAAAUUGAAUAAAUCACCACUAAUGAAGGCAGUAGAGCACCAGCACAAGGACUGUGCAGCUAUUCUGCUGGAACAUGGUGCCAACCACGACCACAGAGAUGUAAAUGGUAACACCGCCCUUCACUUUGCUGUCAUGGUUUCUAGCAAAUCUCUCGUGGAGCUGUUACUUGAGCACGGUGCAGAUAUCAAUGCUAAGAAUAAAUUUGGAUACACUCCGCUUACUCUUGCAGUCACUGAAAACUGUGAAGAAAUGGUCAAGUUCCUUCUUCAAAAGGGAGCUGAUGUGAAUGCUCAGGAUAAUAUUUAUAGGAGCCCUCUUACAGUUGCUACUGUUUCUGGGAAUAAGAAAACAAUGCAACUUCUUCUUCACCAUGGUGCUGUUCUUCCUGAGUCAGACAUGGGACUCUACCUAUGUCAAGCUUUCACCAAAAUGGUUCAAAAUGAUGUUAUUGCUAAUGAACGAAUUGGCAGCUCCUGCUAUGAGACAGCUCCUGUCAUUCCCUUGGAAACACCUGUAUUGGCAGAGUCACGUAAGAUACUUUGCUGUCAAAGAGGUAAUGUGCCAAAAGAAGAAGCAGCAGAAAAGGAAUACAAUGGUCCAGCUGCAAGCAAAAGUAAAGUGUCUGUGCAAUCUAUUACAGUGCAGCCCUACAGAGGAGACUACAAAGCAGAAGGAGCAGAGAAAAAGGAAGAAAAACUCUCCCUCUGCAAUCCUGAAACUGAUCCUAAAGGUCCAGAGAAAAUGCAGGCCAGUGUGGGGCUUCCUGCUGCAAACAGCAGCAGGUUGGAUGCACGCCCUGCUGCAGUGGAGCGCAGCAAAGGUGUCUUGCCAGCAGCAGCAGCAGAAGUGAAAAAGGAAGACAGUGAUUCCUCCUGGGGAUCUGAGCCUAGUACUGAAGUUCUAGAUGAAUUAGCAACCACUGUGCUGCUUCCUGCUGGUAGAAUGUUUCCAGAGCCCUCUGUUGCCAAGGAGAGUAUCAAAGGGGCCUCGCAAGCAGCAGGAGCAGCAAAAGAGAAAGACAGUGACUCCCUCUGCAAUCCUAAGCAUCUCAGUGAUCUUAGAGAGAAAGUGAUUAACCCCGUGCUGCAGCCUGCUGGAAAAUGCCGUAGAGUGGGUGUGCGCUCUGCUGCUGAGGAGCGUGGCAAAGGGGUCUUGCAACCAGCAGGAGGAUCAGUGAAAAAGGAAGACACCGAUUCUCCCUGGGAUUCUGAGACUGAUCCUAAAGGUCCAGAGAAAAUGCAGGCCAGUGUGGGGCUUCCUGCUGCAAACAGCAACAGGUUGGAUGCACGCCCUGCUGCAGUGGAGUGCAGCAAAGGUGUCUUGCCAGCAGCAGCAGCAGAAGUGAAAAAGGAAGACAGUGAUUCCUCCUGGGGAUCUGAGCCUUUUUCUAAAAUUGUAGAAGAAGUGUUUGCCAGCAAGUGGCGUCCUGCUGCAGACCACAAAGGAAUGGGUGUGCGCCCUGGUGCCACGGAGUGCAGCAAAGGGGUCUUGCAACCAGCAGGAAGAGCAGGAGAUGAUGAUUCUUCUUGGGAUUCUGAGACUGAUUCUGAAGGUGAAGGGGUAGUGUUGGCCACUGUCCAGCUUCCUGCUGCAAACAGCAGCAGGUUGGAUGCAUGCUCUGCUGCAGUGGAACGCGGCAAAGGGGUCUGGAAACAAGCAUGGAGAGAAGUGAAAAAUGAAGACAGAGUCUUGCAGCCAGCAGGGGGAGAGGCAAAACAGGAAGAUAAUGAUUUUCCCUGGGAUUCUGAGACUGAUUCUGAAGGUCGAAAGAAAGUGUUGGCUGAUGUGCAGCUUCCUGCUGCAGACCAAAACAGAGUGGGUGUGAGCUCUGCUGCAGUUGAGCUCAGCAAAGCUGCAAGAGCAGAACAGAAGGAACAUCUUAUCUCCUCUUCUGAGAAUAAGCUUCCUACAUUUCAGGGAGAAGAUCUUCAGCUACAGGUUGAUUCUUCAACUCAAACAGAUUCUGAGCAGGACAAACAGCCAUUGGCCGGGCAGAAGCUUGACAAAAUUCUCAAAAAGAACUCCCUGGAAGGAGCUCCACUUGGAACUGUGAAGACCAACAGCAGGAGGGAACAGAAGCUGCUGUUGGAGAAACUGGAGAAGUGUAAAACUAGGCUUAAGGACCUAAAAGAACUUCUUAACAAGAAUGAUUAUUAUGCUGAGUCAGGGAAGAAUGCCCUAAAGGAGAAGAAGGUAAUAACAAUUUUGAGAAACAUGCAAGGCCGCCUGGUUGAGUCUUUUGAUUCAUCAGCUGCAGCUAUCCCCCAGCUGGAAGAACGCAUUCAACGGCUCCAAAUUCAAAUGGCAAAGCUGGAAGCCACAAUCCAGCAACAAGCCAAGACUAUGGAAAUCUUUGAGGCAAUCCAGCAAAUCUCUAACCUCAGACUCCUCAGUGGACACCAGUCUUUGGCACCGUGAUUUUCUGCACACUAUCAAAAACUGUUUUGGAGUGACAUUUGCAAAGUGAGCCAAUCCCUGAGGCUGGGUCACCCUGCAGGCAUUUCCACCACUUCAGGUGUCUCUUUGUUCCCAUGAGAUUUGUGAUAUUUAGCAAUUUUAUCUAGUGAUCACUAUCUAGUGAUUAUUUACUGUUAUUUUUUGCCUGUUGCUGUUUCACUUAGCAAUAAAUUGUUAUCUAUUCACUAACA